UCUUCAUCUAAUAAAAUCAAGAAUCAAUCAAUCAUAUCACUCUAUUACAUACGAGUACAACGGACUCCGUGGUACUCGUACUAUAGUUCUUGCAUCAAAGGUCUUAGCCACGUGCAAGCUCCCAGUAGUGCAUGCGCAACAUCACCGUCCACCUGCCUCCACCUGUCCCACCCUCACCCUCAAUCUCAGUAGAUAGUACUCCGUACCCUCUCUCUCCCUUUCGCCGGCGUUGACAGCGGGCUGCGACAGACGGUGUUUCUUUUGGCAUAAUUAUCUACCUCGAAUCCACUGGGUAAACGUCCCUGGACCGCCGCCACCCCGCCUAUCAGCCUACCAAAACAUCAAAACACCAAACCACCCCCACUCACCUGUAGCUACCCUCCUAGCUACCAACCACUACCAUCACCAAGAUGAUCCGCCGCCAGAGCGCAAAGGGAGAGUGGCUCCCCCAAUCCGGCCAGUGGCCAGUCGGUCCCCAGGAUGACGUUCCUGUUUCCAGUGAGCGCAUCUGGAUCGAUGGAUGCUUCGACUUCAGCCACCAUGGCCAUGCUGGUGCGAUGCUUCAAGCUCGACAGCUAGGCAAUGAACUCCUUGUUGGCGUCCACUCGGACGAGGCCAUUCUUGAAAACAAAGGCCCAACCGUCAUGCGCUUGGACGAGCGUAUCAUGGCAGUAGAAGCCUGCCGUUGGGCUACGCGCGCCAUCCCCAAAGCACCCUACGUCACCUCCCUCCCUUGGAUCACGCAUUACGGCUGCCGUUACGUUGUGCACGGAGACGAUAUCACUUCCGACAGCAGCGGCCAGGACUGCUACCGAUUCGUGAAGCAGGCGGGGAGAUUCAAGGUUGUUAAGCGCACACCGGGAAUCUCCACCACCGAUUUGGUCGGGCGCAUGUUAUUGUGCACUAAGAAUCACUUUAUACAAUCCCUCGACCGCGCACUUGCUGGAGAAGAGGGACCUGGUGGAGAGGAAGAGCGAAAGGCCACGGGACAGGCUAUGCUACAAAGGAUUAAAGACUAUGCCACAGACUCUACUGGUCUUGCGCCUGGUUGCGAUGUCUGGUAUUGGCACGCUUCACGGCCUGCGAAGCUGAGGAGGACUACGCAGAGCUCGACCUCUGCGCCGACCCCGACCGGCGAGCGUCGUCCCAGUGCUGGAGAGCGACACCAAUCACACAGUCACCACCAUCACUCGGUAAAGGAAGAAAAGGGCAAGUUCGCCCGUCUCGUAGAAGGCAAAGGAGUGAAACCAGGUCAAUCAGUCGUAUAUGUCGAUGGAGGGUGGGAUCUCUUCUCCUCAGGACACAUUGAGUUCCUGCGCCACGUGGUGCAGACCGAAGAGAAAGCCGCAGAAGAGAGGGGCUGGUACAGCGAGGAGGCCAAGAAUCAGCGCAUCGAGCAGACGGGAUCCGACUACAGCCCUGCAUUCGUAGUCGCAGGUAUCCACGACGAUGAAGUGGUCAACUAUUGGAAGGGCAUCAACUACCCGAUCAUGAACAUCUUUGAGCGCGGUCUCUGCGUUCUGCAAUGCAAGUACAUUGAUGCCGUCGUAUAUGGCGCGCCAUUCUCUCUGUCGAAGGCUUUCCUCCUCACACUCCCCUACGGCACACCUUCGGCCGUAUAUCACGGAAUCACGUCCUUCAUGCCAUUAACCUACGACCCAUACUCCGUAGCUAAAGCGCUCAAAAUCUACCGCGAGAUCGAGAACCACGACUUCCAGAAUGUCAAUGCUGGAGAGAUCGUGGAGAGGAUCAUGAAAGGCAGAGCUGCGUACGAAGAGCGACAGCGUAUCAAGGGCGAGAAGGGCAUGACUGAGGAGGCGGAGAAGCGCCGACAAGAGCUUGAGAAGGAGGCCGAGAGAGAGCGGAGGCGGAGGGAGGUCGAGGGCCAGUUCGGAAUAUGAUCUGAACAUGACCCUUUUCUGAUGCCUGUAGGCUGUUACAUACAAACACACGCCUACCAAGACGACACGACCACGACGAAAUCCAUUGUCAAGCCUUGUAGCUCAAUGUAGCUCGAAUCAAACACCGAAUAAGCAUGUAGAAACUUCUUGUAAAUUCUCAUAUGAAACCUUCCC